AUGUCCAACAGCAGCUCCACCACCCAGUUCCUCCUCCUGGCAUUCUCAGACACGUGGGAGCUGCAGCUCUUGCACUUCUGGCUCUUCCUGGGCAUCUACCUGGCUGCCCUCCUGGGCAAUGGCCUCAUCAUCAUCGCUGUAGCCUGCGACCAGCACCUCCACACCCCCAUGUACUUCUUCCUCCUCAACCUCUCCCUCCUCGACCUGGGCUCCAUCUCCACCACUCUUCCCAAAUCCAUGGCCAAUGCCCUUUUGGAUACCAGGGCCAUUUCCUAUGCAGGAUGUUCUGCCCAGGUCUUUCUGUUUGUCUUUGUGAUGUCCUCAGAGUUUUAUCUCCUCACUGUCAUGGCCUAUGACCGCUUCAUUGCCAUCUGCAAACCCCUGCACUAUGGGACCCUCCUGGGCAGCAGAGCUUGUGCCAACAUGGCAGCAGCUGCCUGGGGCAGUGGUUUCCUCUAUGCCAUGCUGCACACUGCCAAUACAUUUUCACUGCCGCUCUGCCAAGGCAAUGCCGUGAACCAGUUCUUCUGUGAAAUCCCCCAGAUCCUCAAGCUCUCCUGCUCAGACUCCUACCUCAGGGAAUUUGGGGUCCUUGAGGUUAGUCUCUGUUUAGCUUUUGGGUUUUUUGUUUUCAUUGUGCUGUCCUAUGUGCAGAUCUUCAGGGCUGUGCUGAGGAUCCCCUCUGAGCAGGGACGCCACAAAGCCUUUUCCACGUGCCUGCCUCACCUGGCUGUGGUCUCCCUGUUUCUCAGCACUGGCAUGUUUGCCUAUUUGAAGCCCCCCUCCAUCUCUUCCCCAUCCCUGGACCUGGUCAUGGCUGUUCUGUACUCCGUGGUGCCCCCAGCAGUGAACCCCCUCAUCUACAGCAUGAGGAACCGGGAGCUCAAGGAUGCCAUUAGGAAACUGAUUUCAUCAGCACCUUUGAAGAGUAGGCAUGAGCGAUUGCACCCCCAGAAGGACGUUGGUCAGGAUUCUGCAUGGCUGCAGGAGCAGAAACCUGUCAGUCACAUUGUUACCCACGACAUCAUUCUUGAGGGUAACUGGAGCUGCCUGGAGAGCCUGAGGGAUCUCCAGGGACAGUGCAUGCCUCCAGUAGGCAGUCUCAGGAGGUCUUUCAGUCACGUUCCCAAAAUCACAGCUUACAAGAAAGACUUCACAGACCCUCCUCCACCCCUCUAUCUCCAGGCUAUGGGGAACAACAACCAAACCCUCGCCACAGACUUCAUCUUCCUGGGUUUCUCCAGCCUCGCGGAACUGCAGAAGCUGCUUCUUGUGGUGUUUUUGCCGCUGUACCUGGUCACUCUGAGCAUGAAUACCACUAUAAUGAUUAUCAUAUGGGCUGAUCGGAGCCUUCACACACCCAUGUACUUUUUCCUUUGCGUCUUGUCAUUUUCCGAGACUUGCUACACCUUCGUCAUUGUCCCCAAGAUGCUGGUAGACUUGAUAGCAGAGAGAAAAACCAUUUCCUUCCUAGGCUGUGCUGUACAAAUGUACUUCUUCCUUUUCUUGGGGUGCUCCCACUCUUUCCUCCUGGCAGCCAUGGGCUACGACCGCUGCGUUGCCAUCUGCCACCCCCUGCACUACAACAGAAUCAUGACUUGGCGAGUGUGUGCUCAGCUGGUGGUUGCUUCUGCUCUGAGCGGCUUUCUGGUUGCCCAGGUGGUUACCCCCUUGAUAUUUUGUUUGCCUUUCCAUACAUCCAGGAAACUCAACCAUUUCUUCUGUGACAUCUCCCCUGUCCUCCGAGUGGCCUUUACUCACACAAACCUCAGUGAGGCCAUUAUCUUCACCCUGGGUAUCUCUGUCCUUACAAUCCCACUGAUGCUGAUCCUUAUUUCAUACCUCUUUGUUGUCCUAGCCAUCCUGCAGAUCCCUUCAGCUGCAGGGAGGCACAAAGCCUUCUCCACCUGCAGUGCUCACCUGAUAGUAGUGAUUGUUCAUUACGGCUGUGCCUCCUUCAUCUACCUGAGACCCGACUCCAGCUACUCGUCGGAUCAGGAUGCAUUGAUCUCUGUCACUUAUACCAUCCUCACUCCCCUGCUCAACCCUAUGAUUUACAGCCUAAGGAACAAGGAUGUCAAAAUGGCUCUUCAAAAAGCAAUCAGGAAAAACAUACUAUCUCAGAAAGUUUUCCAGUGA